AUGAUGCGAGUUCUCGUCAGUACUUUGGCCAUUCUUGCAACGGCUGUCCAGGCCCAACAGACAGUAUCAUGGACUGAAGCUACCAGCGGUGUAGUCUACAACAUAGCCAUUCCAGCGGUGGAUGCCGCGCCUUUCGAUGUAUACCUCUCCAUUACCGCUCCGGCAAACAUCACCUGGGCAGCCAUCGCCUUUGGCGGAUGCAUGCUCAGAAGUCCAUUGGUCAUUGCUUGGAAAAACAGCACCAACGUCGUAGCUGCGCCUCGUUGGGCAACGGAGUACCACCCUCCAGUGUUGUACAACGGCACUUCGGUCGUCGUCUCCAAGACAUCGUCCGUCAAUGCCACGCAUUGGACUGCGAAUAUUCUUGUCAAUGGAGGAAGCUCGUGGUAUGGAGGAACUGUCAAAUCAUCUGGCAGUGCAACUUUCGGCUGGGGCGUGAGCAGCCGUCCGCUUGGCAACCCGGCCAGCGUUGACAGCAGCAUUGGAUUUCAUAAUGUUGGCAAGGGUCACUUCGAGAUCGAUAUCACGGCUGCGAGAAAUGAUCCAAGUGAUUUUGAGAUUAUUAAGUCAAAGUGGUGA